AUGGAGAGGCAUGUGCCAUUCGCUCAACCUCCAAGUGCUUUCAUCAAUCUUUUAUCAUUGAUCUUCUCAAAAAUGAACCGGAGAGUCAGAAUGGAUCGAUAUGGAGAAAGAAGUCGAUAUCGACAGGAUGCACAGGCUGCAGUUGAUCAAAAUGAAGUACGUCUAUUUUCAGACGCGGAGCCACCAAUUGAUCGACCUGUCAAGGAAAACGUGACAGAGAGGCUCUUAAAGAAAUUCCCCAUCAACAGUCUUCCCCAGGAAAUGAAAGUUGCUAUUCUGAAUGAAGUGACCACUUAUGAUACGGUGACGUUAUUGGGAGUGAACAAAGAAUUUCGACGCUAUUUCUUCGGCACACCUUGGCGGAUUUUCGGGAAACGCGCCUCAGCGCUUCAACUCUCCUUGACUUCAUCGCUCAUCCAGACAACUCCGAGUUCACUUUUAGUUCCAAUUCACAGUCAAAAAUUCGCUAAACAAGUUCAUUUAUGCAACUCACUGCAGGUGAUCUGCAAAGAAUGUCGCCGAUUGGAUCAGGGAAUUGGAACCGACGCGUGUUGUCGUCGAUGUCAUAUCCGUUCUCCGUUCCUUUCUCGAUUGCAGAACAUGGCUCGGUUUUUGGAACAACUCAAAACAGUGAACAAACUUGAAAUCGUUCUACAUUAUAGCGUUUUCAAAGAUCUUUUCUCCAAUUUCAAAGCAUCGAUCACCAGUCAAAUCUCACUCACUCUUCACGAUAUGGAAAUGCCGAACUGGAUUGAUCCCGAGCCACUCAUUGCCUUUGCUGAAACAUAUUUACAAGAUUGCAAAGUGAUUGAGUUGAAAUGUUGGAAUGAGGAACAAUUUGCACUCUAUCGGAGCGCUCUCACGAAAAGCAAUCCCGAAGCUGUUUUCAUAAAUGUCCGUCACAAUCAUACUCUUCAUCAAGUGAUUGACUCGUUCGUUCAUCGGGGUUUUCCAGGCAAAAAUCGAGAAGCGGCUUUCUUCUUCAAGAAUCUUGACCGCAGAGUUUCUUUGGAUCAAUACAAUCCUGUGAUUGAGCAAAUUGUCGAUGAGAAUCAAUUACUAGAAACUCGAGAAAUUGCUGCUGAAAGCUACCAAAGAUAUGCUCAAGAGUACAGCAUUCAGAGCUCAUUUUGCUAUCGCGAAACCAUUAAUCAAAAAUGGGAUCUGCUCUGGGUUCGGCCAAUGAUCAACAGUGACAUCGCUUUGGUCAAAUUCAUCUCAAAAACAAAGCAA